UAGUUUGUAUUUUAUUUGAAUGAAACGUCGUCUUGACAACCAAUUUUAGUGAAGAAAAUGAAAUUUUCAAUUGUUAAAUAAUAUGAACAUGUUAAAUUAUGGGUGAUAUUCACAAGAUUCCACCGCUCACAGCAGAAUCCAAGAACGUUCUUCCGGAUGUCGUACAUUCUCAACAGAUUCCCGCGGAAGGGACCGCGGUAACCGAUACAGAAGCAUCUCAAAUAGAUACGCCGCACGAUGAAACAGGAACUCCAGUCAUUAAAGAAGAUGACAGUCAAACGGAGUCUAUAUCGGAACAUAUUCCCUCCAAACUCGAGUAUUCCAUUACUGAGUCGGAUAACGCCGCUGCGGCGCAGUCAGGGCUGCUCCAAGUGGGACAGCAUGACACAGAUCCGUCCCGCAAUAGCUCUUUAAACAUGCCUCUUCCCUCCCCUAGUGACAACCCUAGCACACAAGACCCAAGCAAAAGCACUUCAUGGCCUGAGCCUAAGUCAACAGACAUUCAUCAUAUAAGUGAAGAAAGUCCGGUGAAUUUAGCAUCUGAAUCGUUAUCCAAAGACACUCAUGAAACACUACAGGCUGAAGAGAAAUCUCAACAUGAAAAAUCACAAGAAUCUCCACGAAGUGACAAAUACCUUGACUCACUUAACGAAGAAACAUAUCCUAAGUCAAAUGCUUCAGAGGAUGAAAAAGAGGUUGAAAAGCAGAGUCAUUCUCUAUCACCACCAUUAUCAUUAUCUGUAGGGGAAGAAUCAUUAAAACAAGCAAGUUCAGGGUCAGAAGAGAUUAUAAAGCUAGAUAUCAGAGGUCACAGUGCUCGUAGAUUUCCUCUCUCAGCUGCCAAAAUUAUCUUUGGGCCUCCUCCGGAAGGUAGUCACUUAGUUGAUGAAGAAAUUCAGCCCUUACCAGUAUUCCAGACCCUUAUGUCCCCUUUUCUUGUUGGUGCCGGGGAAAUGAAGGUUGAAGAGCUAUUUGAUGAGAAAGAAUCUCAAGUGGAAAUCGAGAAAGACAGUUUGUCAAGUAUAGACAAAAUUGAGCAAAGCGACUUGUUAGUAGAAGAGGUUGUCAUAGAUGAUACGAAAGAAAAGUUGCAGGAUGAGUCUUUGCCCAGUAUGCCGCAGCCAAAGUCGUUGGCUGACACCAUGUCUUUUAGCACAAUGACGACAGACUACAAGACGAUAUGCGAAGAGUUCCAAGCUAAGCUUGUGCAUUUGGAGUCAGCUAUCACGAAACGCGACGCACUAAUCGAGGAACUCACCGUUACCUUACAGCGCUCGAUCCGCGAACGCGACGCCCUCGCCCUCGAGAACCAACACCUCUGCCAUGAAAUGACUCAACGGGAAACCUCUGAACAUGACACUAUUAAACAACAACUAUCAGACUAUGCUAAAUAUGAAAGCAUGCUUAAAGAAGACACUAAGUAUUAUUCAGCUUUAAUGAGUAGCGGUUCAUCAGCUAAAAGUUCAAAUGGUGAAAAAGAUAAUGACAGAGAAGAAAUGACGGUCAACUAUUCGAAAUCCGACUUGAAAUCUGACUCAGAUGAUUUCCAAGGUUUUGAAAAUAAGUUAAAUGAAGUUAUAAAUAGAUUUGAUGAGAGUAUUGAAGAGAAUUUAAGGAAUAAGAUCAGAGAGAGUCUUAUUCAAGUUUUAUGUGACGAAAUUACUCGAAUAAGGAUAGAAUCUGAUACAGAUGUUAAAGAAUUAGAAACACAGUUACGACAAGACAAGCAUGCUUUCAAUGUGGAGACGAGGCGUUUGAGGGAACUCCUGGCUUCAGUCAAAGCUGGUAAUGCUGAUAUUGACGAGUUGAGAGAGGAGCUUGACCGCAAACAUGAGAAGGAGAUGGAGAAUCUCAGGAUGUAUUUUGAGAAGAAAUGCUCGGACAUGGAGAGAAGCUACUCCGAAGAAGUGUACCGCGGUCGCGCCUGCGCGUCGCCGCAGUCUGCGUCAUCCCUGGAGGCCCCCAACGAGGCGGGCGACUACCUUCGCAGGAGGACGAGGAGUGCUGACCUGCCGUCGCUUACCAACGAGAUGCCACCACUAGAGUUCGCUGUGAAGCAGGCGAACAGACGGACAGACGUACAACAACUAGAAGAUAUAAAGGCGGAGCAUGCGGCCCUUGUGAAAGAAAUGCAAGAUCAGUACCGGCUCACUGUCACUGCUUUACAAGAACAGAUCAACCAAUUAAAAGCGCACGUGCAAACCGCUGAAAACACAGAAUCGAACGUCUCGCUCUAUCAACAAGACAUUGACUUGGAGCUAGAAAAGGACGCCGAGUUCGAGAAGCGACUCGAGGAGGCCAAGCAGGAAGUUAUACAGCAUCUACAGGAGCAGAUACAGGUGCUGCUUUCGGACCCGGACGCGGAGCUUUCCAGUUGGCCGCUGGAACUGGUGGCGUUGCGGGACAAAAUACACGACGCGAGGCCUGAGAAGGAGUUGUCGAGCCUGCGCGAGGAGGCUGGCGAGGCGGACAAAUGGAAGCAGCGGCGCCACACCACCUUCGACCAGAACAGGCACCUUGAGGAGGUCACUAAGGAGAGGGACAGCUUCAAACGCGUAGCCACCAGCCUGCAGCGUAUCGUCGGUCAGCUGGUCGCGUACUGCGCCGCCGCGGAGGAUGAGCUCAACCGCACCGUGCUCGCCGAGCUGCUCUCGCGUCUGCUACCCGAGGCUUCUCUAAUCGAAGAACCCCGCCCGUCCACGCCCAAUCUCGACGUAUCCCUAGCGCGCAGCAAGCACGUUCACUUCGCACCAGAUUUAUCUGUCCUCGCAGAUUUAGACUCUGAAGGCGUGGCUGGCUUUCUGCAGGAGCAGAGAGACGUUAGCAUCGAUAUUAAGAGGGAAUUGGAGCUUAGCUUGAGAAGAUUGAGAGAAGAGGCUCAGGAAUUAUUAGAAACUGCCGCGAGAGUCAAAGGAAAACCGGUGCCAGAGUCGCCCAUGCUGGAAUCCAGCCAGGUGCAGAUCACGGAACUUGUGGAAGAGCUGGACUCGAGGCAUAACAGCUGUGAAAAUUGCGAACUACACAGGAAGAACAUGGAGGAGGCAAUGAUGGAAUGCCUGCAGCGCGAGAAUCUUCUGCGCUCAGACCUGGAAGCCGCACUUAUAAAAGUCGCACAACUCAUGCAGUCCGAGAGACAUUCGUGCGAUCUCGUCGUAGAAGGGUACGGCACGGGGCAGCACCAGACGCCGUCCCUCCCGGUCCGCGCUCCGCCGCGGCGCGCGCCGGACUCGGGCUCCGUGUCGCUGGACGGCGGCUCCUCGCCAAGGGUGCUCAGAGCCAGCUACGACGCGCUGCACCGGGAGAGGGAUGACUUGCAGCAGCAGCUGGAGGCAGCCAACCGCCAGCUCCGUUCCACUCGCUCAUUCGUGGAAGAACAAGCGGCAGAAAGAGAGGUGGAACGGGACGAGUUUGCGAGAAGAUUAGACGCUAUGCGAGACGAGAACAACCGACUCACGUCGCGGCUACAGACCAAUGCUACUAUACUCAACGAGGUGGAACAGCUGGAAGCCCAAACCCGCGAGAUGAACACCCUGAUCCAAGACCUGGAGUCGCGCAAGGCUGCCGCCGAUGAGGAGUUGAAAGCCACCAACGAGAAGAUAUUACUGCUAAGGGACAUCAUCGCCAACCUGGAGAACCAGCUGGAGCAGAAGACAGCUCAUGAGGCUGUCAUUUUAGAACAGUUGGAAGAAAUGAGAAAAACAAUAGACGAGCGAGACAACAAGAUGCGAGGACUGCUGGGAGAGCUGGAAUCACUGCGAAGUGAGAAGGCAGAGAUGAGUGAGGCUGUCUCUGUGGGUGACACAGACGAUAGGGCAGACGAGCUCAUGGAGAGAAUUAAGGAGCAGAGCCGGUGGCUGGAAGAGAAGCUACACCGGCGCACGCGCAGGUUAGAGCGCGUUCACGAGACGUGCUCGGCGCCGUGCAGCGAGCCCAGCGAGGACGUGUCGCUCCGUGACCGCCAGGGCCCAAGAGAGGCCAUAUCCCCCGGAGACGCGAGCCCGCGCUGGCCCGGCAUGCCGGAGCUGCUGGGCGUGUUCGAGGCGGUCGAGGCUCUGGCGAGGGCUGAGGACGCGGCCUUGAAACGUAUCGCCGACUUGGACAUGCAGCGCGCCCAACUCACCGAUGUGGCACAGGAGGUGCGCGCCGAGCGCGAUGUGCUCCAAGCGCGCAUGUCCGAGCAAGCGCUCAAGAUAUCCUCACUGUCAGCGCGGCUCGAGACCCAGAGAAACAACGCCGAGGCGCUCGCGCACCAGGCGGCCCACCAGCUGACGGUCAGCCUGCAUGACGCCUUAGCAGAGGUACAAAGGCUAAAGGAGGAGUUGGAAUCAAAAGACAAGCAGUUAAUACGAGCUAAACAGAACUUGGAAGAGAAGGAAAAACUGAACGAGCGGCACCAAGCGUUAUAUGGAAACUCAUGUAACCCCAAAGAUAAGGUGAUCAUCCUCGAACGCGAGCUGUCCGCAGCACAAACCCGCAUCGGCCAGCUAGAAGCUUUAGCCAAGAGUCUAGAACAGGAUAAAGAUGAGCUGCAGGCAAGCUUGCGCGACCACCAACGCGCGCUGGCAGAGAGAGAGGAGCAGCUACAGGAGAUCAUGGGUAAGUUUACUGUCAUAACAGGUCAGACCCGCAUCGGCCAGCUAGAAGCUUUAGCCAAGAGUCUAGAACAGGAUAAAGAUGAGCUGCAGGCAAGCUUGCGCGACCACCAACGCGCGCUGGCCGAGAGAGAGGAGCAGCUACAGGAGAUCAUGGCACUCAAACUGGAUGACGACCAAAAAGAAGACGAACCAGAAGGAAAAGCCUCCGCCAGAACCCUCAGCGACAUAGUGUCUAUCUCGGAGUUCGACGAACAGGACCUCCAGAUGCGGCGCGCCGAACUCAAAGCCCAAAACCUCAGCCUCUCUGGCAUCCCCUACGCUGAUAACAGAGACAAAACACAGAACAGGACUCUACCCCCUGAUGUAUCCAAGCCUAAUAUGAGCUCAUUAAACUUGGACUUUAUCGACCACUUCGAUCUACCCAACUUCACACCAAGAGCUGAAUCUCUACCUCUGACCUCCACUCAGAAUAAGGACAGGUUUAAGAGGAACGUCAAUGAGACGACUGUGUUCGGCACUGCGGAGAAAUCCGAAAAUGUGAAACAUUCUACAGCUCAAAACAUAGCUGAUAACUGUUCUUUAUACCCUAAUAGAGAGGUGGAUGACACUAAAGAUGUUAGCGUUGCUCCGAAGAAGAUUGACUUCUCGGCCGAGCCUUCACAAGAGAAUAGGAGUCAUGAUGAAGAGUUUACUUCACUAAGAGAACUUGGUAUCACACUUGACAUAAGACAGGAGAAUUUCCCAGACAUAUUGACGCAGUUGAAACACGAGAUUAAGAAGUCUAGAAGCGAACUCGACACAUGCAAGUCAGAGUUGAAAAACGCCGAGGAACAAUUAUGUGAGUUCCCAGCUCUGAAAGAAGAGGUAGAAGAGCUGAAAGGCUUGUUAGAAAACACCAUGGCCACUAUGGAGAAUGAUAAGAAGUUCUAUGAAAAUCAACUAGAACAUUUCUCUUCAAAUAAAACUCUGUUAGAGCAAAGAGUUAAUGAACUAACGCAAGAAGUCAAUGAGAAAUCAAAAGAUUUACACCUGCUUAAAGAAGAUAUCCUAAGGAGAGAAAACAUGAUACUAGAACUAGCUAAAGAAAAACGCAAUUUAACCAACAAAUUGACUGAACUAGAAGUUAAAAUUGACGAAAUACAGAGCAGAAAUAAUUCUCUAGAAAAAUGCGAAUCUGAGAACAGAAUUUUAAAAGAGAAGAUCUCUGAACUGCAAAAACUGGAACAGUUAGUAUCUGAGAAGAAUCAACAAAUUGACAGUUUGAACCAACAUUUAGAUAGAUUAGACGACAUGCAGAGACGCCUUAAUGACAAAACGGAAGAACUGGACAACUUAAAAGAGGCGUUUGAAGAGAAAUCGAACGAACUAUUCAGACUACAAGAUACCAUUGACGCUCAACAUCGUGACAUCGACAAAAUCAACGAAGAAAAUAACAACCUUAAUGUAUCCAACAAAGAACUAAAACUGAAACUAACUAAACUAGAAAAAGAACAAGAGAACGCGUCACUCAAACUACAAAACAGCGAAACUGAACUAGAAAGAGUGAAUUCUCUAAACAACGAAUUAACAUCGAAAAUAGAUGAGCUAAAAGAUCUAACAGACAAACUUAAAGAUAAAGAAACAGAGAUAGAUAUAUUAAAUGAAGACAUUAAUUCUUACCAUGAAGAAAUAGCGUCUUUAAAGGAACAGAUGAAGAUGGUGUCUCGGAGUCCGUCGCCGAAGAGUAAGAGUGAGAAAGGGACGGACAGACAGGCGAGCAACGAUAAGAAGCAGUUGGCGAAGAUUAGGAAGCAGAUAUCGCUGCUGCAGCAUGAGUUGGACUUUAACAGGAAGGAACUUAAUGAUAAGGCCUUCGAGCUAGCCAAAGCCAAGUUAGACGUUACAGAGCUUCGCAACAGUCUAUCACAAGCCACGAAGCAAGCAGCGGACGGAGAAGAAUUCAAGCAACAAGUGGAGACGAUGAGGGCGGAACGAGACAGAUUAGCCGAGCAGCUGCAAGCAGUUUCAGAGAGAAUACGCGAAGAAUCUGACGUGUCGGAGCUGAAGAUGAAACUACAUGAGAAAGCUGAGAAGUGCCAGGAACUGGAGGUGGAAGUCCAUGACUUAAGAGAUCUAGUAGACAGACUACGCGAAACCGGGCAGCAAUGUUCAUCGGAGCAACGCGCACUGGUCGUGAGCGGGACUAGAUCUCCCACUGCGGAACUGGAACGCGCUCUGCGAGACCAACUCGACUAUUCUCACCAACUCGAUCAGGACAUCAUGGAACAGAUUCUAUCAGGGAGUAGCGACGAACACGAAGACAUACCAAGACUCGCUUUGAAUUCUUCAAAAUCAUCGAGCUCGAUCCACUCGACGUCUUCCGACCGCAUGAACCGUCUCAAGUCCGAGAACGACAAGCUGGUGAUGCAGGUCAACAACCUGGAAGCGAGGCUGAAGGACAAGGACGCACUCAUCACGGAACUCAACAGAAUACGUGAUAAGCUGGUGCAAGACUGGCAGGCGGCCAAACUGCGCCUGCAGGCAGAGAAGGACAACUGCGGAAGGUUACAGUUGCUGCUGCUCACACACAAGGAGAGCGCGGAGACUUUACAGAACCAAGACUCAAACAUGAUCCAGAUCCUAAAGAAGCGCCUAGAAAGUGCGAUGCAAUCCGAACUGGAGCUACAACAACGUGAGAUGCAGCACAAAGCACGCCUCGCUACGCUCGAACGCCAACUCAUGCCCUCGGGGCAGGACGAGCCGAAUGCCAAACUGCUUCAGGCAGAGCAAGAGAAUUCAGAACGGCUCCGCGGCGAGAUCUCCCUCCUUAAGUCCAAGUUAGAAGUGGAGCGCACUCGUGCCGGCGACGCGCAGGCGCGGCUCGACCACAGCAAGGCGCACUUCCAGAAGGAGCUGGAUGCCAAGACAGAACAGUGCCACGCGCUGAGGACUGAACUGGCGGAGCUCAGAAGGCUAAAACAUGACGCUGGCGUGGAAUUACUCCGAGCCAAGGAACUGCUGAACAUCCAGAGCGGCGCCAUCGCCGAGCUGGAACAGAAACUGGCGACGCAAGCGCAGAAGCAGAGGCCUCUCAAUGAUGCUUUGACGGAGAUCGAGUCCCACAAAACGGAGUUAGCGCGCGAAAUAACCAAUCUCCGAGUACUAGUGACGAGUCCGGAACUGUCCGCCCUGCGCGACGCGCGGCACGAGCUGGCGUCGCGGGUGGACGCGCUGCAGGCCGAGCUGCGGAACACCAACAAGGGCACCGAGGAAAAGGACCAAGCUAUCCGCUACCUCCACAACCGCUGCCUGAAGCUGGAGAGCUGCCGCAAGGCCCUCGUGUGGCAGAAGCGGUACCUGCAGCGGGUGGUGGCCGGGUACAACGAGCUGGAACGUAGCCUACGGUUGACGCGCGCACCUGAACAGAGCACUGGCAAGAAGAGAUUCAAAUGCGUGGCUACGUGCGUGAUCGUGGUGCUGCGCAUGGGCUUCCUGGUGCGGCGGCGCGCGCAGCUCCGCGCGCUGUCCGCCACCGCCAUCCUGCGCCCGCGCACCGACAACACCCCGUCGUCUCCGAAGCCCACGGACGGCACGCCGGCCUCUCGGCCUCGCACUCGGGCCCGCGACACGCUGGCGCGGCGCGUGCUCGACCACGACCGGACGCUGCACUCCCCCGCUACACCACAGCUGGGGGACCUCAUCCGCCGGUCCUACAGUUCAAACUCCCAGCAUGAUGACUCCUUCGGACUAAGUACUCCCCGCGGCGGCGCCUCGGCCUACCUGGACAAGCUGGGCCUCGUGAGCCGCUGCCUCAACCACGCCAUGGACGCCUCACGGGACGUGCCCUGAUGACGUCACGUCCACGUCACACACACGUGACGUCACAACACCCAGCGUCACACGAGCGUGACAUGACACGGUUCCAGCGAACGUUCUGGUCUGGAGUUUACUCUAAGUCUGUACCGACUUAGCUGUGACAAUGUCUGGCAGCGCCAUACUUGGCGUAGCACGUCGCAGGCAGACUUAGCUUAAAUGAAAUCUAGCACAAUUGGUCGCGACUAUUUAUAAAAAAGAUGAGUCGCGUGACCAGUUGUGUCAGGACAGGUGGUUCGUUCGCAUCAUGAGAUUAUCUAAACCGGUCGCCAGUUAUCAAAAAUCUUUUGAAGGUUUCACUUGGUUAACCAAAUACGUUGGUUUAUGUUUUGUAGGCUGGCUACCGUUUUAGAUGAUUUCAUGAAUGGUAGAAAUAAUUUAUUUUGAUAUUUUAUGAUGUAUGACUGGUGCGGAAUCUUAUAUGCUGACAUAUUGUACUUAUCACGAAUUUACUGUUUAUUAUGUUGUCUAACGAUACAAAAGUCACCUGUACUUGUCCUGCUUUAGUUUCCCAGGAAUGAAAGAGACGACUCAAUUGUUUAUCACUCAUAAUUAUUGGGGGGGAGGGGAGGGUCUUUAAGUCAAAGAUUAUUCAACAUGUUUCGCUCCAUAACGAGGUGCUUCAACAGGAUCAUGCGGUGUCGGAAUCUUUACAAUAAGGUUAACGAACUGACGUGUAACAUUGUCGACGAUGGUAUGUCAGCAUUUCAAGGUUCCAAUAUUGCAUUUUAUUUAUAAAAUUAAUCCCAAUGCAUUUCCAUAUGAUUGGCCAGAAAUAGACGUAAGUAUUAGAAUAGUGCCAAAUUUAAUUAGUUGUAUUUGUGUUACUUAAUUUAUGUUUAAAAUUAGAUAAGCGUUUGGAGAUCGUUCCAUGUUUCGGUUGUUGCCUCUCCGCCUAUUUGUUUUUUUUUGUAUGUAUGUAUGAGAGUGGGUUGUAUGUAAUAUUUAGUAUCGGAAACCUUGUCGUCCUACCUUGCCUUAGUACAGUUAGUUUCGAAAUUAUCAAAGCGUUCAAGAAUGACGAUGAAAUAAUGUCAUUUUAACUUUCGCUAUGAUAUUUUAUGUCUAUGACUAUAGAUUUUAGAACAAUUCUUUACAAACACUAUUUUUGAUUCAAAUUUUAAACACUUAUAGUUGACAUAAUAUUUUAUUAUGUAAUGACAUUUCUUACAAAAUUUAAUGUGCUAAGAUUAUUACAACACAAUAUAGACUGGUAUUGCAUUGCACGUUGUUGCAAAAGCAGCCUUGCUCGAUGCACUUAAAGUUCAUAUUUACUGACAUACCAGUCUAAAAGUCCAUUUUACAGGAAUACAUUUGGUCAUUGACCUCUUGUAUCUCUCUGUCCUCAUAAAUAUACUUGUCUCUCUCUAACACAUGGGGGCGUCGUACCGAUCAUUUACCAAAUUUAGUUUAAAAUUAAAUGUCUAUUAUUUUAGUACGUAAAUAAUUAAAAGUAAAAUCAGUUGUCAAUGACCAAAUUUCUUCCUGUAUGAAUAAAAAUAGCACUCGCCAUAUCCGUAUUAGGUUUCGGACGCACGAAAGUACAAGUUAGGAUAAGUUAGUUAAGUUAGCGACUGACUCGACCGAACGAUCUAGAGCUUUAUCACGAACGACAUAGUGGCGUUAUUUGCAUGUCGGAGUGAAUUGUUAUUAACGAACAUAAUAAUAUGACACAUUUAACUGAUUGAUAGAAGUCCUUAACUCAAGUGAAUAAGGUUUAGUUUUGGUUAGAUAAUCGUCGUCGAUGGAACGAGUUAAAAGCUAAGGCCAAUUCGAACGUGUACUGACAUCGAACCGAUAUUAGAAUGAUAUUGAAAUUAUAAAAUUUGUAAUUAUUUCGCUCACACUUGUCCGCACAAGGAUAAGUGCGAGCGAGACGCCCACGGACAUGACAGCUUACAGAUAUGAUUGUAAUAUCAUUCUAUGCACGCACCAAUAAAAGUCUGCAGCGGAUUUGAUAGCCCACGCAGUGUAAGUGUUAUGUAUACGUCAUAAUUCCAUAGAAGUUUGACGUUUAAAAUGACUCUUGCACUGCGUGGGCUAUCAAAAUCGCUGCAGACUUUACGGUCUGGCUAUAAUAUCGGUUCGAUGUCAGUGCACGUUCGAAUUGGCCUGUAUGUAUAGAUUUAAACAGAUUUGCAUGAACGAUAAUUGACUUUAGAUUUUAUUAGUUUAUGGAUAGGUACAGUCAACAUCAGAAAUAUGUAGUUAAAGAAACAAAAAGCAAUUUAUUUCUAUUGACUGUACGUCCCUUAUGAUCUGUAAAACAAUAAUGUUUUUAUUAAUGUAUUUUGAAUUGGUGUCAAUGACCUUUUGUGCAGGUCUAUUUGAAAUGAACUAUGAUCUAGAUAUAAUUAGUUGUUCGCUAAUAAUAAUUUAUUUUUUCUAACUAUAGACAAUAUUUUGUAAGCCAAAGCCAACGAAAGUAUUACGAAAGCUGUGUACCUAGAAAUUUCACAUAAGGCAAAUUGCACAUAUACUGCAUUUGUAAAACCUCACUCGAAAAUCUAAUGAAUACUCAUCAGUUUAAAUUCAUGUUUAAACAUUCAAAUUUUGCUCACAAGCCACCAGACUUUCUAGAGAAUGUUUACUGUUUGUUUGUACAGUCAGGAACGGAAGUUACCACGUGUCUUGAACAAAAUAGGUUUACAAGUUCAUGAUUGAUAGUACCGCAUUUGCGAAUGAAAUGUUCUCGAAAGUGUACUUCUGCUGUUGACUGUACAAGAUAUGUUCAACUGCUAAUGUGCAUUUGCCUUAAGCUUUUCAAUGGCACAAACCUGUUACAGUAUUGGCGUAUUUGAGGGAGCAAGAAUUCACAUUAAAGAAAACGACCUUAUCAUAAAGAGAUAAUGUCUAUUUUGCAAUGGCAAAAGUAUUUAACAUCGGUCAAGUUAAUAUCAACAAUUGAUUCAAAUGGAUUGUUAAAUAACAACCUUAUUCUAAACCUGAUAAAGUUCAAAUCCCAAUGCGAACUCGAAGUCCCUCGAUAUUAGACGCAGCGUAAAGAAACUACACUCAAUAUGACCAAAGAUUUAUUUUAGUAAGCUAGUUUAAUUUAGUCUUGUAUGGACGCAACGAACAAUUACAGUUGGUGUACUUCGGUAGCACGGUCACUGGUAUAAGCUACAUCGACAACUUUUACUAACUUAACAAUAAAAGUUAUUUCGAAAUAUAAAAAUUAGUUUACGUAAUCGUAUACAAAACUGUACCACAAAGCAAAAAAAAUAACGACCUAUUUUCAUGUUUAUAAUUUGGUAUCAUGAUUUCGAAAUUAUAGUGCAGACAUUAUAACGCGGCCUGUAAGCAACAUCUCUUUUUUCAGUAUCUGUGAUUUUAAGAGUCUAAUACGUCUUUGUAACUUAUAAAAGUGUCUAAUUGUCCAACUAUGGGCCUUAAUGCAUUGUAAUAAGGUUUAUAGUAAGCACUUACCGAAUGGAAUACCGAACAACCCUACUAAUGUAAUAGUAACAGGACCACCACGUGUCUAGUCACAGCCACGGUGCCAUAGCUCUCUAGACGUGACAACACUAUAAUAAAUUAAUAUUUUGUA